CGUAACCAUCGUCCUCCUACUCCUCCUCCUCAUCAUCAUUAUCACCAUGGUCUCUCGUUCUCUCCUGCUGGUUCUGCUGGUUCUGAUGGGUCUCACCUGCCUUCAGUCCUUCACACCAGCCCACAAUGGACAUGGACCAAGUAAGUGCUGUUUCAAUUACCAGACACAUCCAAUCCCUGUAACAUUCAUUACAGCGUAUGAAGAAGCAGAGCAUCAGUGUACAAAACCUGGAGUCAUCUUUACCCUAAAUCUCGGCCGUCGUUUGUGUGCAGACCCCGGCGUCGAGUGGGUGAAGAACAUCAUGGAAAUAAUUGACCGGCGCUUUUUUACCUGAUCCAAACUCAAACAAGUGUUUCAAAACUCUCUCCAUUAAAAAGUCUUUCAUAUUUCUUUUACGAAAUUCACGUUUUAUGUAAUCAGACGGGAGGAAUAAAGAUUAUUCCUGUAAUAAGGCUGACUCGUUAUCAUUAUAAAUGACUCAUUAUCAUUAUUAUAUAUAAAUAAAUAAAUAAAUAGGGGCAG